CUAACGCUUUACUCCUCGCGCUGUAGAGCUUGUCCGAGUCGCGAGCAGACGUCGAGUCUUCAGUGUGUAGUCCUCCUCUUAUCCGUUCUGCUUCGUGACUUCUCUCAGAUUUGCGGCGUUUCCUCGAACCUCUCAGGCACCAUUGAGCCUCCGGAGCAGCCCAGAAUGCCCAACAUCAAGAUUUUCAGCGGUAGCUCGCAUCCGGAUUUAUCGCAGAAGAUUGCUGAUCGGUUGGGACUCGAGCUUGGGAAGGUGGUCACGAAGAAAUUUAGCAACCAAGAGACAUGUGUAGAGAUCGGGGAGAGUGUGCGUGGAGAAGACGUGUACAUCGUCCAGAGUGGGUGUGGUGAGAUAAAUGAUAAUUUGAUGGAGUUGUUAAUCAUGAUAAACGCCUGUAAAAUUGCUUCAGCAUCCCGAGUGACGGCCGUCAUCCCCUGCUUCCCCUACGCCCGCCAGGACAAGAAGGAUAAGGUGGGGAGUCGUGCCCCGAUCUCCGCUAAGCUGGUGGCGAAUAUGCUCUCUGUAGCAGGCGCCGAUCACAUUAUCACCAUGGACCUACACGCAUCCCAAAUACAGGGCUUUUUCGACAUCCCCGUAGACAAUCUGUACGCUGAGCCAGCUGUUCUCAAGUGGAUCCGAGAAAAUAUAAACGAAUGGAAAAACUGCACCAUCGUUUCUCCUGAUGCUGGAGGAGCUAAGAGGGUGACCUCCAUAGCGGAUCGUCUGAAUGUUGACUUCGCCCUGAUCCAUAAGGAGAGGAAGAAGGCGAACGAAGUGGACCGCAUGGUUCUGGUUGGGGACAUCAAGGACCGAGUCGCCAUCUUGGUGGAUGACAUGGCGGACACCUGCGGGACAGUCUGUCACGCUGCGGAGAAGUUGGUCUCGGCCGGCGCGACUAAAGUCUACGCCAUUCUGACGCACGGGAUCUUCUCGGGACCCGCCAUCUCCCGCAUAAACAGCACCAACUUCGAGGCGGUGGUAGUGACGAACACCAUCCCUCAAGAGGACAAGAUCAAACAGUGUGACAAGAUCCAGGUGAUCGACAUCUCGAUGAUUCUGGCUGAAGCGAUCAGACGAACCCACAACGGAGAGUCGGUGUCCUACCUGUUCAGCCACGUACCUUUAUAAUACACAAACACGCACGUAUACACUUCCUUGUGGAUAUUUACAUUUAAAAAUGAAUAUAUUAACCUAAGAAAUGAUCGCUAUCAUCAUCACGCAUUUGGACUGUAAACGUGUUCGGCGUUCCCGGAGUAGACGUGUAGACUGUAGUAAAUAGUAUGCGAUGUUUUCUACCGACGUUGUUUCCACGGUACGUUUCUCUGGUGAACAGACCCUCCCUGAUGGGAUAGAACACGCCCUUUGACGCGGAAGUAUUUCGCAGUCCUGCGUUUUCACGCCUGAGCCGGACACGUUCCUCGACGUCGCUUGUUCCCUGUUACAGUGCGUGUGACCUGUAAGUUAUAGUUUUACGCAUCAUGACGUUGUUCAGUUCAGAUACAUCGUUUCGUUGUUUCCCAGCAUAGCUAACAUAGCUCAUAGAUGUCUGAUUUAAAAUAUAUAUAUAUAUAUAUUUUCUUACGUGUUAAAAUCUCAUUGAAUUUUUUUCUUUAAAAAAACAAAAAAAAAACAAACAACAACCAAGCGCACUCUGUACUCGCAAAUGUGUUUUCAAAGUAGAAAUUUAUCGUCAGCGCGACUUCCUGUUCCAGUGUGAGACUUCAGGAGGUGGAGCCUGAGUGGGUGGAGUCGAUGGGAGGAUCGUGUGUGUGUGUUUAAAUGUUUACUUUAAUAAUGUCGUUGUUCUUUGGCAGCUGUGUUUUUUUUUUGUUUGUUUGUUUGGGGUUUUUUUUAAAGCAGCUUUUGUCGUGGCUACUGAAGAUUCAGGGUUUUUAAUUGUUUUUUUUUAUUUUUAUGAAGUGUGCACUAGAGAGACGGACGCGGGAUCUAUUUUUGUAUGAACGUAGUCUAGACGUUAAAUGUUUUUACGCUGCUUGUCUUUUAUGUUUACACGACUGUCAAAAGUGUAUCUGUUCGCAAGUGCCUUUUAUUGCCGAUUACUUACACACACACACACACACACACACACACACACACACAGACACAACUGCAUGUUUUGUUCUCGGUUUUGAAUGUGGAGGAUGGACCUGAACUGCACCUGAGUCUUCCCUCUUUCCUUGUUGAUGCUGUGGGUGGAGCUUCAAUUAAUCAUGCUCCCUGCUCCACCAAUCAUAUUUCAGCAUGUAACUUUACCUGAAUGCAGUACAAUAAAUCAUCUCAGAUGACUCCUGCA